AUGAAACGAGAGCGAGGUGGAAGAGCGGACCCUUUUGAGUUUGUAACAUACUCCGGAGAGGAGAUUAAAGAGUCGAGUAGCGAAGAAAGGGUUAAGGAGGGGGCGAAUAAAAGUUCACCUACACGAACUCGAAUUCUUUCCGUUGCAUUGUCACCAGCGGAAAGGGCCAUCUUCGACGUGCCAAUUGAAAACUGGCUUUCCAUCGAUCGUAGUAGUCUUAGCGGUUGGAAAUGCGCUGUGCCGCGACCUGUCACUAUCGAGCAACUUCGUCCAGUGGAUCCGUCUGAUGCUAUUCUACGUCACAUUGCACUUUAUCGCGGACCAGUCACAGAUUUACAGCUUGAUGCUAUAGUUAAUGCCGCAAACACACGAUGCCUUGGCGGCGGUGGCGUUGAUGGUGCUAUUCAUAGGGUUGCAGGACCGUUGCUGCUCCGUGAGUGUGCAACUUUCAAUGGUUGCCAAACAGGGGAAUGCAGGUUAACAAAGGGGUAUCAACUACCAGCGCGCUACGUUUUGCAUACCGUUGGACCGGUGGGUGAGAAACCAGAUAUGCUCCGUAAAUGUUAUCGUUCGAUUCUUUCAUUAGCGUUGAAAAAUGGGUUACGCAGCAUCGGUUUCUGCUGCGUCAGUACUGGCGUAUACGGAUAUCCACUUCUACCUGCAACCCGGAUAGCGCUAGGGGAGACGAGGAAGUUUUUGGAAGAGCACGGAGGUGCACUAGAUAUGUGUUGCUUCGCGUGUUUUCAGGAAGACGAAUACAAAACCUAUGAAAAAUGCGUUGGGAGGAGCAGUCUCUAA